GUCUCACUAGCAGCAUCAGAGGGCUGAGCAAAAUGCAGUAGAACAGGGACAGACAGGGUUCUGGCAAUCGUCUCAAUGCAGGCUGCCGAAUGUUGGGGGUGGGGGAUGCAGCACAUCAAGAUUAAUAACCUUGCCAUAAUCCGGGGCAUCCCGCAAGCAGACGCCUCUGCCGAUUGAUCCACUCUUGACUUGAUGCUUCUGCCUAGGGGAGAGGGUUCCGGAAUCCAUCCAGUCCCGGGGGACCCCCUCUUGAUUUUGGAUGUUCCUUUGAUCCUCCACAGACCUGGGAAGGUAACGGAGGCGAGCCUUACCAUCUGCAGCACACAGCAGCUCUGGGAGGUUACUACUGACAGUUUUCAUUACACCGGCUUGCGUGAGUGCUUGCGUGUGCGUGUGAGCGUGUGUGUGUGAGUGUGUGUAUGUGUGUGUGUGUGUGUGUGCGCGCGCGCGCCUGUGUGUGAGUGCAGGUGCCUGCUUUUGCGUGAAAGGGAGCGUGUGAGUGUCCACGGUGUGUAUGCGUGUGGGUGAGAGUGUGUGUCUGUGUGACAACCAAGGCACCAAAGCAGGUAUAUCGUACAGGAAGAGAUUUCAGCAGCGUGAAAAUAAUCUCGGCGCACUUGGGCUCAAGGCUGUGGCCCCCACCUCUCACCACCCCCUCUCUUCUGGCUCUGCCUUUUUCUCCUUUUGCCUUUGAUGAGUUUUUGGCUUACUUUUUGACGGAGUCUCUUGGACACGUUUUUUGCUGGUGCAGGAAAAUCAGAUAAAGGGAACCUUUGAGAACUGAUUAUUUUUCUCCUCUGUGACUUAAAAAAAAAGAAGAAGAAGAGGAAAAGAAAAUAGAAUAUUGCAACAAAAGCUAGAGGAUUUUCAAUUUUUCUUGGUGAACUUUGAGGGGACAUCAGAAAGAAUCCUAAUGAAGUGUUGACUGUCAUUAUCUCUAUUUGAUGAAGAGGAUACUGAAGCUCACAGAGAAUUAAUAAUGUGUCUGCAGUCAUCUAAUGUGGAGUAAUCAACAGCAAGUGGCCUGAAUCCACACACAUCAUCCUGGACCAUUUUUUUUUUCAAAGAGAAAACCAAGAGAGACAGAGAAAUAGCAGGUGAGAAGUUUUGUCAAUGUCAAUUGCACAAGGAACUGGAAAAACCAAAACCCAGACAAGAAGAGACCCUAAUAUUGACCUUCGGGAUAUAUAAACCUUAUAAGUCAUCUGAAAUGAUUUUCUUUAUUACAAGACUGCAAGAUCUCCCAGUGAGAGUGGGGCCAAAGCAGCUGGAACAUCAUCCAGUCCACUAAAUUCAUGAGUUUUGGGGGAGACCAAGGAUAACCUGCACAUUUUACUAAUAUGGACACGUCCUGAAACUGCUUUGAAAUCUCAAUACAUGAACUGGAUUCACAUUUGACAAGCAGGGAAACCAAUCCAUGGGCAAUUUUGACAGAUGUAAAGGAAUAUUUUCUGCAGAAAUCCAGAGCAUUCGUUUAAAUUCAUUGACUUUUCUCAGGAAGACAAGGACGCGUUGGAUACAUUUCAAUAGGGUCACUUGCUGGAUGCUCAGGUCCUGAUCUUUCUGCCUGUGGCCCUGCCCUUGAGGAGUGUUCAUUCUCCUGGGAGGAGAAAACAAAUUGCACUCUGAUAACCUGCAGACAAAGCAAGCAAGGAAACUUGUGUUAUUCAAACAUUUUCUUCCAGACCAUUGAACUCCAGAAGGACCAACACCAGAUAAAUUAUGAAUGUUGAACAAGAUGACCUUACAUCCACAGCAGAUAAUGAUAGGUCCUAGGUUUAACAGGGCCCUAUUUGACCCCCUGCUUGUGGUGCUGCUGGCUCUUCAACUUCUCGUGGUGGCUGGUCUGGUGCGGGCUCAAACUUGCCCUUCCGUGUGCUCCUGCAGCAACCAGUUCAGCAAGGUGAUUUGCGUUCGGAAAAACCUGCGUGAGGUUCCAGAUGGCAUCUCCACCAACACACGCCUGCUGAAUCUUCAUGAGAACCAAAUUCAGAUCAUUAAAGUAAACAGCUUCAAGCACUUAAGGCACUUGGAAAUCCUUCAGCUGAGUCGGAACCAUAUUAGAACCAUUGAAAUCGGGGCCUUCAACGGUCUGGCCAACCUCAACACUCUGGAACUAUUUGACAAUCGUCUUACAACCAUCCCAAAUGGAGCUUUUGUAUAUUUGUCUAAACUGAAGGAGCUCUGGUUGCGAAACAACCCCAUCGAAAGCAUCCCUUCUUAUGCUUUUAACAGAAUCCCUUCUUUGCGUCGACUGGACUUAGGGGAAUUGAAAAGGCUCUCAUACAUCUCAGAAGGUGCCUUCGAAGGUCUGUCCAAUUUGAGGUAUUUGAACCUUGCCAUGUGCAACCUCCGAGAAAUCCCUAACCUCACACCGCUUAUCAAACUAGAUGAGCUAGAUCUUUCUGGGAAUCAUUUGUCUGCCAUCAGGCCUGGCUCUUUUCAGGGGUUGAUGCACCUUCAAAAACUCUGGAUGAUACAGUCCCAGAUUCAAGUGAUUGAGAGGAAUGCCUUUGAUAACCUUCAGUCACUAGUGGAGAUCAACCUGGCUCAUAACAACCUAACAUUACUGCCUCAUGACCUCUUCACACCCUUGCAUCAUCUAGAGAGGAUACACUUGCAUCACAACCCUUGGAAUUGUAACUGUGACAUAUUGUGGCUCAGCUGGUGGAUAAAAGACAUGGCUCCCUCCAACACAGCUUGUUGUGCCCGGUGUAACACUCCUCCCAGUCUGAAAGGGAGGUACAUCGGGGAGCUCGACCAGAAUUACUUCACAUGCUAUGCCCCAGUCAUUGUGGAGCCCCCUGCAGACCUCAAUGUCACUGAAGGCAUGGCAGCUGAGCUGAAAUGUCGAGCGUCCACAUCCCUGACAUCCGUAUCUUGGAUUACUCCAAAUGGAACAGUCAUGACGCAUGGGGCUUACAAGGUACGGAUAGCUGUGCUCAGUGAUGGUACAUUAAAUUUCACGAAUGUAACUGUGCAAGAUACAGGCAUGUACACAUGUAUGGUGAGCAAUUCUGUCGGAAAUACUACUGCAUCGGCCACACUGAAUGUUACGGCAGCAACUACUACUCCUUUCUCUUACUUUUCAACUGUCACAGUAGAGACUAUGGAACCUUCUCAGGAUGAAGCACGGACCACAGAUAACAAUGUGGGCCCCACUCCAGUGAUUGACUGGGAAACCACCAAUGUGACCACCUCUCUCACGCCACAGAGCACAAGGUCAACAGAAAAGACAUUCACCAUCCCAGUGACUGAUAUAAAUAGUGGGAUCCCAGGAAUUGAUGAGGUCAUGAAGACUACCAAGAUCAUCAUUGGGUGUUUUGUGGCCAUCACACUCAUGGCUGCAGUGAUGCUGGUCAUUUUCUAUAAGAUGAGGAAGCAACAUCAUCGGCAAAACCAUCAUGCUCCAACGAGGACUGUUGAAAUCAUUAAUGUGGAUGAUGAGAUCACAGGGGACACUCCCAUGGAAAGCCACCUGCCCAUGCCUGCUAUAGAGCAUGAGCACCUAAAUCACUAUAACUCUUACAAAUCUCCCUUCAACCACACAACAACAGUUAACACAAUAAAUUCAAUACACAGUUCAGUGCAUGAACCUUUAUUGAUCCGAAUGAACUCAAAAGACAAUGUACAAGAGACUCAGAUCUAAACAUUCACAGUUACAGGAAACAAACAAUCAAAAAAAAAAAGACGGUUUAUUAAAAAUGACACAAAUGACUGGGCUAAAUCUACUGUUUCAAAAAAGUGUCUUUACAAAAAAAAAAGAAAAAAGAAAUUUAUUUAUUAAAAAUUCUAUUGUGCUCUAAAGCAGACAAAAUUAUGUGUAUUCCUCAGAACCUGUUUUUGCUGCACUUAUUUACGAUUUUCCCACAUCUCGUCCCUCCCUUCCCUGAUUGCCAUAUUUUUCAUAGAUCUCAAUGCCCUAAAGAACUGGUCUAGGAAAUUUUGUAAGAAUUCUGUUACACUUUGAGAUUUUUAUGGUGAAUUCUAGUGGUGAGAUCCAGUCUAUUCUCUCUCUCUCUCUCUCUCUCUCUCUCUCUCUCUCUCUCUCUCUCUCUUUUCCCCCUUUUUUUUGUUUUUCUCUCAUGCCCUUAUGAAGUAGUCUAAUGGGGAAUGCAAUAUUACAAAUAGAUUUUUAAGAAAGAAUGAGGAAAGUGCAAGAUCUUAUAUUUUCAUGUAAUGACCUGUUCUGCUGUAUUUAUGAGGAGGACCAUUCUAUGGGAAUUAAAAAAAAAAAAAAAAAAAAGAGAGAGAGAGAGCAAAGAAAAGAUUAAUUUACAUAUGAACAUCUAUAAAACCCAUGACUUUUAAACAACUUUAGAACCAGAAUUUGUAGUUCAAAAGCUUAAAAUAUGAUUAUAAAUAAAAUAUUGUUGGUUUUUCUGUACCUGGACACAACUCAUUUGUAGUAUGGUAAUUAGAUCUCCUACAUUCUAAGAAAGAGACUACUACAGUAUUCUUUAGACACAGUGUCCAUGUUUACUGGGUUCUGCUUCACCAAUUGACUUGAGUUUCAGAUCAUUAUUAAAGGAUGCUAUGGUGUUUUUCCCUCCUCAUUAGGAUUAUCUUCCAUAGAAUGCACAGAAACAUGAUUUUGUGAAGUAAAUUCAAUUCCACUUGGAUAAAAUAUUAGUAUAAUUUAUUUAGUGCCUUCUAAGUAAAAUCUUACUGGCUCAGUGGAAUGUGAUCACACAAGGUGAAAAUUUACUAAAUUACCCAUAGGUAGAAAACAAUUUUGAAUCUGUUAGAAAUUUUAAUUCUACAGUAUGAAAGACUUGCUAUGUGCUAAAUACUAAUUUUGGUAUUGUAGGUACACAGAUAAGGCCUGGUUCCUCCCCUUUAAUAAUUCCCAAUUUAUAUGAAAAAUGAUUUAAAAAAUAAUCCCUGUUCUAUUUUUAUUAGCAGUCACCUCUCAUUUAACUGUUAGGUGGAUAAAUUGUGUUUUGUGACUGACAUUUCAAAACAUCAAGUUAUUUUAUUACAUAAAUCUCCUGCCCUGGUAUCUUUCAUCCAGUAAGAGAGUUGAUUUUUUUUCCCAAAUGCAUAUCCUUAAGCUUUAAUGAAAUACAAACAUAUAUUUACUCUGAAGGAUAGAUGGACACGUACCAGAAGACAAAGUUUUCAAGGUCAUUGGAAGCAAUCAUCCCAGCAAUUUCAUUAAAUUCAUUUUCUUACAGACCCAUCACAUAGAAAAGCUUUCACAAAUAUUAAAAUCCCAUAAAUUGGUUUGAGAAAAUAAAGACCAGAAACUUCAUCCUAAGAUAAUACUGCAAGUUGAGAGAAUUCAAAUAAUGUUUAAAUUACUUCUUCAAAAAAAAAAAAAAAAGACAAAAACACAAGCAAAACAAAAACUGUACCCACACCUGAAGUAUUAAAAAUAUAAAUUGAUUUAAUUGAAAAAUAAAAAUGAGGAACCUGAUCCUAAGAUAAAGGGGCAGGUUAAGAGAAUCUCAGUCAUGUUUAAAUUACCCCUUCAAACAAACAAACAAACAAAUACAGAAACCUGUACCCACACCUGUAGAAUGGGUUAGUAUACUUCUGGCAGGUUAGGGCACCCUUUCUUUUUCAAGAGAAGCAUAAAUGUACCAGUUCCAGAAAAUAACUGGAGACAUAAAUGUCAAUACAAUAUUUAUAUAAUUCAUUAAGGGGUAUUUUUAAGGAAGGAGGACAAAAUUUAGAUAGAAGAACGUACAUUAGAUUCCAAGUAAAAACGGGAUUAUUUUUGGUUGUGCACCUCUGCACAUGGCUAGAAUUUUAAUGUAUUAUGUGUGUGACAUCUAUCUUUUUUCUGAGUAUUGAAAUAUGUUUGUCUUAUCACUGGUCUUGAAACCUCCCUCCUCGUGGUGAAAUAAGAAUCGACUAAGUUGAAGAAAUCGUCAGCCCCUAAUGGAUGGACAGUGAGAAUAUUCACAUUUGUUUCUGCAGGCUGAACCACACACUAGGGUUUUGUGGUCUCCAGGUGUGAAAAGCCAAUCAUUAUACUAGAAAAGUGGGUCAGAGAAAUGGGAAGAGAGUACAGCAAAUGAACAAGAACACAAAAUAACUUUUGCUCCUAUUUUUUAAUUGUCCAGCCUUUAUAUUUUUCCUUCUCUUUACCCUUGUUAGAAAUAUAUUUCACAUUUGUUUAUAUAGUGCAAUGGACACAAGCAAUGAGAAAAUACAUGUUACCUGUCAGUUGUGGAUUUAUUCAUUGUUGAAUAUACUUAAUACUGUAUUUCUAGACUGCAGAUUACACACGCACGUGCGCACACACACACACACACACACACUCUUUUCAACACUCUUCAAGGAAUAUCUACAAGGGUAAGCAAGAGCUAGUACAAAGAAAGCUACGAAUUAAGAGACAAAAGAAUUUAGCCUUGUCUCCUUGGUUUGGGCUCACCAAAUUCUGUUUACAGACUACAAACCUGUUUCAUUUUGAGCUUAAAACUUGUAAAUUAGACACAGCAUGAAAGUCUCCUUGUCUAUGAAUGGUGACUGAAUAGUUAGAUGAAUUCUGCUAACUGGAACGAAAGAGAAAUCAGCCCCAAAAUAGACAGCUUAGAAUCUAAAGUCUAUGUGAUCACAAUCAGAUUAUAAUAGUUCUAAAUGAACACAAUUUUUUUAAAAGAUAUUUUGAUGAAAGAGUCAAUCAGCCAGAUUGACUUCAAUGGUACAUUUAGAAAUUCUCUGGAGAAAAGAUUUAGAGUUGAGGAACUAUAAAAAUAUUAUUUAAAGAAAACUAAUGUGAAUUAUAGAUGAUUAAUCAUGUGUAUGUAUUCAUCAUCAGUAGCUGACCUGAUUGGUCAGAGAUACAUACUGUGGGCAUGCUUGGAUUAGCAGAAAGCCUAUAUGAUGCUUUUUCUCAUAUACCCUUACAUCUUAACACUGUCAUGUCUCUUGAUCUAUUUAUGCUUUGACAAGGUAAACAGGUGGAUAUACUGAAAAAAUAUGCACUAAAAUUGUACCAUUUUCAAUGAACCACAAAGCCAGUAUGUGUGUGUGUAUGUGUGUUUACACAUGUGUGUGAUUACUAGUGAUUGCUAGUUAUAGUAUUCAGAUUGUUUAGGGAAACAAGAUAGUUUGCAAAGAACAUUCUUCAACAUCUUUUUUUUUUUCUGUUUGAAACUCUUACUCUUCACACUCUGCAAAGACCCGGGUCUCUCCAGCUCCUCAGAACACUUCCAAAUGUGCUUGUAUUGACAAAGUCUGACAGAUACUUCGAAUAUAGAUUAAUAUUCCUCAUAACACAAAUUUUAUAAAAUAAAUAAUCAUCUUUUUCAAAGAUUUAAA